UCUUUUAUUUAGCUUUCGUUGUAGACAUUUUAUGUUUCUCAUUCUCCGCAAACUUCUUCCAACUUCUCUAAUUGGAGCAAUGGCCGAAAUGACCAACAUUUUGAAACCUCCAGAAUCGGUGCGUGGUAUAACAAAGUUAGAUAAAGACUUGUUCCAAAAGACCCUUAACAUCGCGUACCUGUCACUGACAGACGUCAAACCUGCUUUGGUGCUUCCCUUAAUAAGAAAGUACCUGCUGAAACUCGACAACUUUAAGCCGGUUCAACACGAGGAUGAAAACACGACAAUCAUAUUUCUGAACCCGCAAAAUGUGGCUGCUUGGAGCGAUUUCCCCCCCAAAACGCAGAGCGCUUUGAAGGAUGUGUCAGUAGAGGAAUCGAAUUUGAAGAGUAGAGACGUUACGUUGAAGUAUGACAACUUUAAUGCGGAGACCGUCUUAAAAGCAGUGCUGCCACCCGAUAAAGAAGGCUUGUCGAGUUUCACGAAAAUAGGCCACAUCGUACACGUAAACCUGCGGGAGCACCUCUUGCCGUACAAGGAGCUGAUCGGCGAAGUGCUUUUCGAUAAAAUCCCAGGGUGUAGAUCGGUAGUGAACAAGACUAAUGCCAUCGACAACACGUACCGCAACUUCCAGAUGGAAGUGCUGAAAGGGGAGGACGACAUGCUGACGACGGUCAAGGAAAACAACUGCACAUUCAAAUUCGACUUUUCCGCAGUAUACUGGAACUCCAGGCUCUGCACGGAGCACGUGAGGAUCGUGGAGAGGCUGAAGGCGAGCGACGUGCUGUUCGACGUUUUCGCCGGCGUGGGGCCUUUCGCUUUGCCCUGCGCCAAGAAGAAGUGUCACGUUUACGCCAACGACCUGAACCCCGAGUCGUUCAAGUGGUUAGAAUUCAACGCCAAAGCCAACAAAAUAGACGAGAAGUAUUUCAGGGCUUACAACAAAGACGGGCGGGAUUUUAUAAAAAACGAUUUCAAGAAAAAGUUACCGAUCCACCUAAAGAACAAAGAAAACGUUUACGUGACGAUGAAUCUACCCGCCGCGGCGGUGGAGUUUCUAGACUGCUUCGUGGGGCUGUUCGAAGAUGACGAUCUCGUGGACUUAACCGUCUCCCCCGUGGUGCUUGUGUACUGUUUCACCAAAGGUGAAGAUUAUGUCUCUAUCGCGAAGGAUCUCGUUCAACGAAGUUUCGGUUUUGACGUCAGCGAAAGGAUUUUGGAAGUUUUCAGGGUGAGAACCGUCAGUUCGAUGAAAGAAAUGAUGAGAGUCACGGUACGGUUAGACAGGGAUAUCCUGUCGGGUCGCGUUGGCAACAAGAGGAAGUUGGAGGAAGGUUCGGAGUCUGGGACGGAGAAACGGCGAGUUAGAGGGAGCGAUGGGGAAGAACAAGAAGAAGGCCAACAGCGUCUUUAAAGUCGCCGGAGCCAAGAGUUUGAAGCUCAAGGCCAAGGCGAAAGCCGUCAAAACCGAUUUAAAAAACAUCAACGUCAAAAACAAGAGCAAAACGAUCGAAAUCGACAAAGCCCUCGUCCACCUAGAGGACAAAAUCAGGCAAACUAGCGGGCCGAAGCCCA